GCGCUGGGAACACGCCCAGUUACCCGGCUCAGUUAAGGAAGUCUGAGGCUUCUCGGGCCAGGGAGUCUUGCGUCUGCGCGAAGAUGGUGGCGGAGCAGAGUCCCCGCGUGGUUCGCUGUGGCGGCAGCGCCUUGAACUUCAGGAGGGCCGUGUUCUCUGCGGAUUCUAAGUAUAUCUUGUGUGUGUCCGGAGACUUCAUUAAAGUUUACAGCACAGCCACAGAAGAGUGUGUCCACAUUUUGCAUGGACAUAAAAAUCUGGUGACUGGAAUCCAGCUCAACCCCAACAACCAUUUACAGCUCUAUUCUUGUUCCUUUGAUGGCACGAUUAAACUAUGGGACUACACAGAUGGGAUUUUAAUAAAGACUUUCGUGGUGGGACAUGAACUCCAUGCUCUGUUUCUUGUUGCUUCUGCUCCGGAUUCUGUCUUUGUUACAAUCAGUAAAGAAGAACCAGAUGUCUUUCAGCUGGUUUCAGUGAAGUUGCCAAAAUCAUCAAGCCAAGAAAUACAGGCUACAGAGCGUUCCUUUGUUUUGGAUUAUAUAAAUCAGUCACCCAAGUGUGUUGCCUUUGGAAAUGAGGGAGAGUAUGUGGCUGCAGUACGGGACUUUUACUUGUCUGUUUAUUUUUUCAAAACAAAAACAACAUCAAGGUUUACAUUAUCCUCAUCUAAGAAUAAGAAGAAUGCUAAGAACAAUUUCACAUGUGUAGCAUGCCACCCAAAGGAAGAUUGCAUAGCAUCCGGGCACCUGGAUGGCAAAAUCCGGCUUUGGAGGAAUUUUGAUGAUGAAAGGAAAUAUACGUACACAUGCUUACAUUGGCAUCAUGAUAUUGUUACGGACUUGGCUUUUUCAGUGACAGGAACCAGUCUGCUAAGUGGUGGUCGUGAAUCUGUGCUGGUGGAAUGGCGUGAUACAAUGGAGAAGAAUAAAGAGUUUCUGCCUCGUCUAGGAGCUACUAUUGAGCACAUCUCCGUCUCACCUGCAGGGGAUUUCUUCUGUACAUCUCACUCUGAUAAUAAAAUGACCAUUAUUCACCGAAACCUUGAGGUGUCUGCAGUGAUUCAAGGCCUAGUGAAAGAUAGGAACAUCUUUACUGGGUUGAUGGUGGAUCCAAGAACUAAAGCCUUGGUUUUGAAUGGGAAACCUGGACACCUGCAGUUUUAUUCUCUCCAGAAUGAUAAGCAAUUAUACAAUUUAGAUAUUAUACAGCAAGAAUAUAUCAAUGAUUAUGGUCUGAUCCAAAUUGAACUACGAAAAGCUGCAUUUGGCCGCUUUGGUAACUGGCUUGCAACUGUGGAACAACGGCAAGAAAAGGAAACGGAACCCGAAUUACAGAUGAAACUGUGGACGUAUAAUAAGAAAACACAAGGGUUUGUCCUUAACACAAAGAUCAGCAUGCCACAUGAAGACCAAAUCACAGCUCUCUGUUUCUGUAAUGCGGAGAGGUCUGACAAUCCCACCUUGGUUACCACCAGUAAGGAUGGUCACUUCAAAGUAUGGAUAUUAACAGACGAUUCAGAUAUAUACAAAAAAGCUGUCGGCUGGACCUGCGACUUUGUGGGUAGCUAUCACAAAUACCAGGCAACUAACUGUUGUUUUUGUGAAGAUGGCUCUUUACUAGCAGUUAGUUUUGAGGAAAUAGUCACAAUAUGGGAUUCAGAAACAUGGGAGCUUAAAUGUACAUUUUGCCAACGAGCUGGAAAAAUAAGGCACCUUUGCUUUGGGAAAAUGACAUGCUCUAAAUAUCUUGUCGGUACCACUGAAAAUGGCAUUCUUUGCUGUUGGAAUCUGCUCAGUUGUGCAUUGGAAUGGAGUACAAAAUUAAAUGUUAGCGUAAUGGAACCUGAUCCUCAAUCAGAGAAUAUCGCUGCAGUUUCUUGGUCUUCAGUGGGCUCAGAUUUGUUUGUAUUUAAGCCUAGUGAACCAAGGCCAUUGUAUAUUCAAAAGAAUAUCUCCACAGAGCAAGUGCAGUGGGGAGUGUUUGUUCCACGUGAUGUCCCUGAAUCGUUCACCUUAGAAGCUUACCAGUGGCUCAACAGGUCCCAGUUUUACUUCCUAACAAGAUCACAGAGUUUGUUGACAUUUAGUACAAAGUCUCCUGAAGAGAAACUCACACCGACAAGCAAGCAGCUGCUAGCAGAAGAAAGCCUUCCAACAACCCCAUUUUAUUUCAUAUUGGGAAAGCACAGGCAACAACAGGAUGAAAAAUUUCAUGAGGUUUCAGAGAAUGAACUGGUACAACUACCUGUAACAGAAAACAUACCUGCAGUUAAUGAGCUCCUUCACACUCCAGCCCACGUGCUGCCAUCUGCUUCUUUCCUGUGCUCGUUGUUCGUCAAUUCCCUGUUGCUGUCUAAGGAGACAAGGAGUGCUGAAGAAGUUCCAGAUGAUAUAGAUAUGGAAGAAGAGAAAGACAGUGACAACUCCGAUGAAGAAAAUACUUUUACGGAAAAGGCACAGGAUAUAAAACACAUGGAUGUGGGAGAAGACAUUUUCCAUCAGUUGUCAAAAUCUGAAGAAAAGGAACUGAGAAAACUCAGGAAAGUAGACUACAGCUGGAUCUCUGCUCUUUAGGCCUUGGAUGUAACGAAGAGUUCUAAUACGUUGUUGAUUUUUUAAAAUACGUUGACACUUAAAAAAAAAAAAAAGACUUUGACUUGGCCCAACCCUGGCUGUUGUGACCUACCUCUUGGGGAGUGAGCCAACUGAACUGUGUCUCUGUCUCUCUUUGUAUGUCACUCUGCCUUUCAAAUAA